AUGCUGAAUCUCCUGGUCGUCCGAUACCAGAAGCACGGCUGUACACCUCCAUCUCGGGGAGUCUGCUCUUCGCGGGAGGUCUGUUCUGGUACGGCUAGCAGUCACCGGGCUGGGGAUCUACUCAUCUACAUGGCCGUGGUGAACUACUUGACCGAUGCUGAUGAGGGGUAUGCGGCGUCGCCGCUGGCCUCGUACCAGCUGUUCGAGAACCUGGGAUAUGGAUGGGCCGGCUCGUUGAUGGGCUUCAUCAGCGUGGCCCUGUCGUUGGUCCCUGUCGUUUUGGUCUGGAAGGGCCCUGAGAUUCGUGGGAGGUGUCCGUUCAUGAGCGAGUCCACGUUUGCGGCGUACGAGGAAGUGCCCAAGGAUGAGACAGGGAGGAGUGGGUGCAAGAUGUAG